GGUUUUAGAAUCACCUAUUCGACGAGCAGCAGUAUAACAAAGGAAGAAGACGACGAAGGCUGAGAUACUGAGCGAUAGUCGAGAAGAAGAAGAAGAUAAUAACAAUGUUUCCGGGAAUGUUCAUGCGAAAACCAGACAAAGCAGUUGCUCUGAAGCAGCUGCGAACCCAUGUCGCCUUGUUCGCCGGUUGGGUCGUCGUCGUCCGUGCUGCUCCGUACGUCCUGGCCUACCUCUCUGAUUCCAAGGAAGAGCUCAAGAUCGAGCUCUGAGGCUCGAUUCUCUAAUUUUCAGCUUGAAGCUGCCGUAUUCGUUCACGAAAGUUUGAAACCGUCCUCUGCUGCAUUUCCGCGAGAUCUCACGAUACUAUGGAGCAAUACUUUCAUGUUUCCCCCCGAAAUGUCACGCCUUUAUUUGUAUUUUCUUGGUCUUCCAAGCAUUGCUUUUCAGUGCUGGCAAGUAAAAAUGGAUGUGUUGAUUAAGACGACUGGAAAAUUCGGUUCUUUUUUUUGAAACACCUAUAACCCAAGAUCAUGUUAUGCUUUUCAUUUCCCCAUUUAAUCAUUCCACCAAAGGUUUUUCCCGUUUUGUUCAUGUAUUGAUACGUUUUCUUUUGAU